CUAACUUCUCACCUCCUUCUUCUUCUUUUUCUUCUCUCCGGCGGACUCUCCAAAAACUCACUCUCAUUCCAUUCCCGAUCUGAAAAAAAUGCAGAGCACCGCGUUCACUUUCUCUCCCUCAAUCUUCAUCCCCAAAUCUAGGAAUCUUUCCACUCCUUUCAACAGAUUCGAUCCUAUUUCUGUACCAUCUCCUUCCAGAUCGCUACGUUUCACCUCAAAACACUCCUCCUCUACUCGAUUUCCGUCGAUUCGUUCUUUUUCAUCAUUAAACGGAUGGAUAUCGACUCCAUCUCCGAUUCCAGAGCCAGAAUCGGACAGCAUUGUCGUUCAAGCAGCAGAAAGCGCCGGAGAGACUGAGAGUUCAAACAGCUUAGCCAGCACCUUACAGCUUGGUUCUCUUUUCGGUCUGUGGUACCUUUUCAACAUAUAUUUUAACAUCUAUAACAAACAGGUGCUCAAAGUGUUUCCAUUUCCAAUAACAGUCACUACUGUCCAGUUUGCUGUUGGGAGUUUGCUUGUAGUCACAAUGUGGACCUUGAAUCUCUAUAAGAGGCCAAAGUUUAAUGGGGCACAGCUUGCUGCAAUUUUGCCACUGGCUUUGGUUCACACUUUGGGUAAUGUUUUUACAAACAUGAGUCUUGGAAAAGUUGCCGUUUCUUUCACUCAUACCAUUAAAGCCAUGGAGCCAUUUUUCUCAGUUGUCCUUUCUGCCAUGUUCUUGGGGGAGACUCCUAGUCUUGGGGUAGUUUCUUCACUUCUUCCUAUUGUGGGUGGAGUUGCAUUGGCAUCUAUGACAGAGGCCUCUUUUAAUUGGGCAGGUUUCUGGAGUGCUAUGGCGUCAAACUUGACCAACCAAUCCCGCAAUGUCCUUAGCAAAAAGUUCAUGGUCAAGAAAGAGGAAUCCUUGGACAACAUUAAUCUUUUCUCUUUCAUCACAAUCAUGUCUUUCAUCUUGUUGGCUCCAGUUACCAUUUUUAUGGAAGGGAUCAAAGUUACACCGGUGUACCUACAAUCCGCUGGAUUGAAUGUCAAACAGGUUUACAUUAGGUCUAUUAUCGCUGCACUUUGCUUCCAUGCCUAUCAGCAGGUAUCCUACAUGAUUUUGCAGAGGGUAUCCCCUAUAACACACUCGGUGGGUAAUUGUGUAAAGCGGGUUGUAGUGAUUGUUUCAUCAGUGUUCUUCUUCAGGACACCAGUCUCACCCAUAAACUCUUUGGGGACUGGAAUUGCGUUGGCUGGAGUGUUCCUUUACUCGAGAGUGAAGAAGGCCAAGCCCAAGAAAGCAUGAAUGGGAAGAUCAGAUUAGUUUUUUGGUAGCGGACUUCAUUGCAGGUUGAUUUUGAUCGAGGAAAGUGUUUUAAGGACUUUUGUUUGUUGUUGUAAUUGUUCAAAUUUGUUUUACUGUUUUGACCUAAUUGGCUCAUUCUUUGGAUUGGAUCAGUUCCCCAUCCAUAUUGUUUGCAGCUUACAAGAGUGAUGAAACAAACAAUCAAAGUGAGUUAGUUCCUUUCUUUUAAGCUUUA